ACGACGACGGAGCCGGGGCUGAGGGCGGGGGCGCCCGGGGGCCAUGCGGGUGAGCAGCUACAGCGGCUGCAGCGGCCAGAGCGCCUGAUCGCCGCAGACCCCAGCCGAGCCCACCUUCCUCCCCAGCCCCCGCCCUCCACCCUGGCCGAGGGGGCGGCGUGCUCGGUCCACGCGUCUGGGGCCCCGUGGGGCCGGGCCCGUAGUCGGCAUGAAUCGCUGCUGGGCGCUCUUCCUGUCUCUCUGCUGCUACCUGCGUCUGGUCAGCGCUGAGGGGGACCCCAUUCCCGAGGAGCUCUACGAGAUGCUGAGCGACCACUCGAUCCGCUCCUUCGAUGACCUCCAGCGCCUGCUGCACGGCGACUCCGGAGUAGGGACAUUCCAGAGAUGGCAGAGAGAAAGGAAGGGACGGAGAGACGCAGGCAGACGCACUGAUGAAGAUGGAGCUGAGUUGGACCUAAAUUUGACCCGCUCCCAUUCUGGAGGCGAACCGGAAAGCUUAUCUCGAGGGAGAAGGAGCCUAGACUCCCUGACGGUUGCUGAGCCAGCCAGGAUCGCUGAGUGCAAGACACGCACGGAGGUGUUCAAGAUCUCCCGGAACCUCAUAGACCGCAGCAAUGCCAACUACCUGGUGUGGCCGCCCUGCGUGGAGGUGCAGCGCUGCUCCGGCUGCUGCAACAGUAACAAAGUGCAGUGCCGCCCUACCCAGGUGCAGGUGCGACACGUCCAGGUGAAAAAGAUCGAGAUCGUGCGGAAGACCCCGAUCAAUAAGCUGGUCACAGUGACCCUGGAGGACCACCUGGCAUGCAGGUGUGAGACAGUGGUUGCGGCACAGCCUGUGACCCGAAAGCCAGCAGCCAGGAUGCCCCAGACCCGGGUGGCCGUUAGAACAGUGCGCAUCCGCGGGCCCCCCAAGGGGAAGCACAGGAAGUUCAAGCACACGGAAAACAAGAAGGCACUGAAGGAGACCCUUGGAGCCUAGGGGCGUCGGCAGGAGAGUGUGGGCAGGGUUAUUUAAUAUGGUAUUUGCUGUAUCGCCCCCAUGGGGUCCUUGGAGUGAUAAUAUUGUUCCCCUCGUCCGUCUGUCUCGAUGCCUGAUUCGGACGGCCAAUGGUGCUUCCCCCACCCCUCCACGCGUCUGUCACCCCUCUGCAAGCGGGUCUCCCCUCAGUGGCCUCCAGCAUCUUGCCUGGAAGUUUGAGAAGGAAAUGAAGAACCUGGACUCCAUCGAAGUCUUCCUCCCCCCACCCCCCAACCCCGAGAAUCUGGGAUAAGAGUGCAAGAGAGACUGAUGGGGGAAGGGACGCCCUUCCCCAGCGCCUGGCCUGGCCGAGCCACCCCCAAGCGCUGUGGACUGGCUCGAGGAGCCCCGCCCGUGGCCCUGAGGACGCCCCGGCGUGGUCUGCCCGGUCCCUGGCCCCCCAGCCAGCUCCGAUGGGAACACCGCACGCAGGCCGAGGCCUCGUACCUCUGUGGCAGAGACCGGGGUGGGCGCACAGACUGCAGCAACCCGCCGCCCCCCUCCCCCCACAGCGCCCAGGCCCAGCCGCUCCUCCCUCAUCACCUCUGCUCACUUGGCUUUCUUUCAUUUUAUACACAUGGCAUCUUUGAAGGUGUGGACUCCUCUGGGCAGGUUUGGCCCGAGCGCCAGGCAGCCAGGUGCCCUCUCAGAGGCAUUAGAGAUGAAGUUGGCUCGGCAGGUGGGUGCGGAUGGUGGCCCGGGCACCCACAGCCUUCUCCCGCCCACCUCUUCCUCCUGUUUCCCCUCUCUACCUCCCUGCUACAUCUUCCUCUCGCCCUGGCCCUUCACUCUGCCCCUCCAAGGAGCAGCCCUCACUGAGGCCCCUGAUGAGCCCAGGGGCUGCUCCCGAGGCUGGACGACCAGGGCCAGGGCAGCAGGGCACUGCCCCGCGCGCCCCAGCCCAGCCGAGAGUGCCGCCUCAGGUCGUGCAGGGUGUGCGCUGCCCAGGGGAGCAGCGGGCAGGGUCACUGUUCACACCAUCGCGGGGGCACUUUGUGUAUUUAUGGUGGCCAUUUUCCGGCAGGUAGAGGUAACAUGCCUUGAGAAAAGGGAUCCUUUUCCUGACGGACACAAAGGCUCUGUGUGGAUUGGCUGUGCCCCUACCUAGCCUGUCGCUUGGAGCAGGCGGGCAGGAGAGAGCCUUGUGGUGGGGGACAAGGAGAUACCACGCGGUCCCCCGGCCUCCAUUCCCCCAGGUCCUCAGCUCAAGCAGCCCCCUUCCAGGCAGGUGUGAAAACCCAAGAGAACCUCUCCCAGGGAGGGGCAGCCCUUGCUCCCCCCUGCA